UAGCAUGUACAAAUGCGACUGGACUACAUAAAUUGACUCCUUUGGUAAUAGGGAAAGCUAAAAAACCACGAAGUUUUAAGAACUCUUACAUUCCUGUACACUACAAAAACUCACAAUCUGCAUGGAUGACAGCCGGAAUUUUUAAGGAAUGGUUCAAAGAAAUUUUUGUUCCUGAGGUGAGAAAGUUUCUUAAGAAACAUGGUCUUCCAGAGAAAGCACUUCUUUUAUUGGAUAAUGCCCCCAGUCAUCCCCCAGUAGAGGAACUUUUAUCUGAUGAUGGACUAAUUCAAGUUAUGUAUAUGCCUCCCAAUGUGACACCCUUAAUUCAACCUAUGGACCAAAACGUCAUUAGGUUGACUAAACUGCAUUAUCGCUCCAUGUUUUUGGCAAUGGUUGUAGCUAAUAAAUCUAAGGACAUGAAUGUCAUUAUCAAACAAUACAACCUCAGGGAUGCUAUUUUAAACUUAUCACGAGCAUGGAAUAAAUUAGAACCAGCAACCAUUAAAAAGUGUUGGAAAAAUAUUUUCGAAAGCCAAAGCAAUGAUGAUCGUGAAAACACAAUACCCUUGGCAACUCUUCGUCAAGAAUUGCUAAGCCUGAAUAGCAUUGUAGAGACUAACCUCAAUUUAUUAGAAGAAAUUGAUCCAGGGCAAGACUUCGAACGUGGAGAUAUCGAAGAAUGGAAUAAAGAUGACUUCGUUGAACAUGAUGAGAAUUGUACUGCGUGUCUAAUGAUUCAGAAACCGAACGGGAUCAAGAUCCAGAGGUUUCUCAGGCUAUGGAUAAAGUCACUCACGUUGAGGCAGUUCGUAUAUUUAACAGAGGUCUAGAAUGGGCGGAGCAAAACAAUGCCGACUUCGAGGAUAUUCAGUCUUUACACAAAUUACGUGAAUGUGCAACUAUUCUUUAAA